CUCUCUCUCUCUCUCAGGCUCAUUUCAACCCUUUUCUCUACCUAGCUCCAAGACAUACAUAUCAAGAAAAGAAAGAAAGAGAGAGAAGGCAAAAGAAUAGGAGGAAAAAGAACCACAGAAGAAUCAGUCAGAACCAUCCUUAAUAUUACUCACUGACAACCAAGACUUGUACCAUUUAGGAGGGACCUUGUGACGUGGGACUUGUACCAUAACCUAGUUUAUCAACCAAGUCUCCCCCUCCAAAUCGGUCUGCCGUGUCAUUCCGGCACGGCCAACCACCAAACACCCACACCAGCCAUGGAAGAACUUCCGCGAUCCACCAUUUUCUCUCUCCUUAAUGUUCGGAUUUCUUCUUAAGACCCCAAGGCCAGAAUCUAAAUCUCAAUUUUUGAUCUGGGUUGGCAAAAAUUUUCUUCUUGUGGGUAAGAAUUAAGAUAUAAUUGGCAGAGUUGGAAGCAAAGAAAUCGAAGGCACUGAAAAAGGGUGGAUAUAAUCAUAUAAUAUGACCAGACAAAUUGUUCUCCAGUCACCACCGUCGUCGGUGGACCGCCGUCAACCAUUGCUAAACAGCCAGAACUCUUCCUCCAGGGGGAGGUUGGCGGAGGUGGCCGGAGGGACCACGGCAGAGUGCGCAGUCGUGUGCUGCUGCUGCCCAUGUGGGCUCGCCAACCUCUUGUUUCUUGUCAUAUACAAGCUUCCGGCAGGACUAUGCCACAAGGCUCUCCGGCGGAAGCGCCACCGUCGGACUAUCAAGAAAGGCCGGUUGCCACCACGACGGUGCGGUGGCGAUGAAACGGAGCUCCAAAUACGUCCGGUUUCGAUGCCGGCCGGCGAUAAGCUAGUUGUUAAUGCCGCCAUGGAAUCAGAUAAGGAUGUUCUUGAAUUGGAGAAGGAAAUGUGGGACAGGUUCUAUGGUACUGGUUUUUGGAGAAGUCCUUCUCAGAGGAGUGACAUCAUUAACGGUAAAUAACUGUAAAACAAA